AUGGCUUCUACCGCCCCGAGUGUGCAAUGCUUCGGCAAGAAGAAGACGGCCACCGCUGUCGCCCACUGCAAGCAAGGCAAGGGCCUCAUCAAGGUCAACGGCCAGCCCCUCUCUCUGGUCCAGCCUGAGAUCCUGCGCUUCAAGGUCUACGAGCCCCUCCUGAUCGUCGGCGCUGACAAGUUCGCCGGUGUCGACAUCCGCGUCCGCGUCACCGGUGGUGGUCACACCUCCCAGGUCUACGCCAUCCGUCAGGCCAUCGCCAAGUCCAUUGUCGCCUACUACCAGAAGUACGUCGACGAGCACUCCAAGAACCAGCUCAAGCAGGCCUUCGUCCAGUACGACCGCACCCUCCUGGUCGCCGAUAACCGUCGGGCCGAGCCCAAGAAGUUCGGUGGUCGCGGUGCCCGCGCCCGUUACCAGAAGUCUUACCGUUAA